CGGGCGUUCCUGCAGAGCCUGCGCCCGCUGUACGACAUCCUGGACGACCGGCGGCGCGGCUACGUGCACCUGCGGGAGAUCGAGUCGCGCUGGCUGCAGCCCGGCGGCGAGGCGGGGCAGCUGCCGCGGGGCGUCUUGGAGGGGCUGCGCCGGGCGGCCCCGGCCAGCGGCUACCUCACCUUCGAGCGCUUCGUGCUGGGGCUCCGGCUCUCGCUCCUCAGCCCCGAGCAAGGGGACGGCCCCGCGGACGCCGCCGGGGCAAAGCUCGCGGAGCGGCCGCCCAACGCCGCCGCCGCCGCCGCCCCGCCUCUGAAAAGCGGCGAUCCCGCCGCAGAGAGGGGCGCUCGGUCGGGCGGCAGCGGCGGCGCCCCUCUUAGCCUCGAGCAGAGCGGCAGCGACGGGCAGGCGGAGCAGCGGCUGCAGGGCAAGCGAGCCGCAGGAGAGGCCGGCAGGAGAUGGAAGCCGGCCAGGCAGCUGGAAAACGAGGGGCCUCGGAAGGAGGCCCGGAGGCAGCUGAGCGCCCGAGGGGAGCACCGGAGGCACACCAUCGCCAGCGGAGGGGACUACGAGAUGCUGAAGCAGGUGAAGGAGCUGGGGGAGGAGGAGGAGUUCUUGCUGCGAGGGCUGGAGCUCGUGGAAGGGGCUCGGGAAUGGUAUCGCCAGCAGAUCCGCCGCCUGCAGGAGCAGCAGAAGCAGCUGGGCCGGAGUGCGAGUCACCAGGACUUGCCUGCAGAGGGAACGCGGACUCAGCUCAGCCGUCUCUUCCCCCAAGUGCAGGAACUGAAUCGGUGCCUCUGGCAGUUGCUCUCACUCUCAGCAAAGCCUAUGAACUCAAGCCCCACGGCCCCGCACAGCCCGCCUGCUGCUCUCCUGGGCCCCUCCUCUUUUGCAGGGCCACAACAGACCAUCAAUAUGUUGAAAGAACAGAACAGACUCCUCACCAAGGAGGUGACAGACAAAGGCCACCGGAUCACCCAACUGGAGCAGGAGAAGUCGGCCCUCAUCAAGCAGCUCUUUGGGGCUCGUGCCCAGAGCUCCCAGGACACCAACCCGCUGGACUCCACUUUUAUUUAGUCUCCGGACACACCUUUGCCUCUCGCCGGGGAAUUUCCCCCCUCAAAAAGGCGGUGGGGGAAAUGGGGAGUCUCCCACCAGGAGGGCUGCAGAAAAUUCUGGGGACUGCACUCUCUCUGCAGCCUGGCCAAGACCCCUUCUUAGCUCUGUGGCCAGUAGGAGGCAUCACAGCACCGCGUUUGGAAAAGAACAUUCAUACUCUGGGCUUCCCCCAAACUGCAAGAUCAGGAAUGGGGGCCAAGACUCCUGUUCUCGGUUUCCUGCCCCAACAAGGCCUUCUCACUGACUGCAGCACUCCUCGCCCCGACGGGAUGUGCUUGUCAAACGAUGCACGCCAGACACGUCGGAUCCAGCUGAUCUGGAUUCCCACCUCUUAGGAUAACACUGACUCUCGUUUGCGCACGGGUUGAUUCUUUGGGUGAAUUUUUAUUUUCAUUGUUGGCAUUCCUAUGCUGCUGCACUCCAAAAUGUCCCUGGGAGGUGCACGUGUGCGUGCUUCUUCUCUGUAACCGAAAAUCUUUGGAAUCUGCUUGGUUCCCUUCUCCACUGCAAAGGAAGGGCCCUCAGGCGCGCUCGGCUGAUGGGCUGUUUGCAAUUAGCCGUUUUUCACCAUAACAGGAAGAUGCCGUAGGAUUUCGGAGGCGCUGACUUUUCUCCAGUUGCUGCAGAUGUCUCUUAUGUUUACAUAUAAAUACUGUGUGUAGCUUUUUGAAGGUUUUUUUUUUUUAAAUGUUAGUUUUGCCUUUGUGCAACUCCAAAUAAAAAGGUUAAAC